AUGACGCCGGCCGACUACCAGGAGAUGUUGUUACGCGUGGAGCCGAGGCACAUCGCCCGCCCCAGCUGGGAAUACUUCGACUUUACCGGACCGGUGUGUAUCCUGUAUUCGUGGCUGGCAACUUUGACAUGGUUCCCUGAAGCCACGCUUACUGAACUGUUCGAAGUCAACGACCUGCGGCUGGCCCCAGUCACCAACCUCGACGACUCCGCGGCGCUGUGA